CGCACACAAGAAACUCCGCCUCAUUUGCUCCCGGAAGUGAUCUCUUAAGUCCGUCGUGCGCGUACGCGCAGCCGAGUCGUGGCCGUCGCGGAGGUUAAGCCCGGGUAUCGUGGCCCUGGGCGCCGGUUUUCCUUGUCUCCUGAAGCUCCCAAGCCUGCACCAUGGACUUUCAGCACAGACCUGGAGGCAAGACGGGGAGUGGGGGCGUGGCCUCCUCCUCCGAGAGCAACCGGGACCGCAGGGAGCGCCUGCGGCAGCUGGCCCUUGAAACAAUCGACAUCAACAAGGACCCGUAUUUUAUGAAAAACCAUCUGGGAUCCUAUGAAUGCAAACUCUGCCUGACGCUGCAUAACAAUGAGGGGAGCUACCUGGCCCACACCCAAGGGAAGAAACAUCAGACUAACUUGGCCCGGCGAGCUGCCAAAGAGGCCAAGGAAGCCCCUGCCCAGCCAGCACCUGAGAAGGUCAAGGUGGAGGUGAAAAAGUUUGUGAAGAUUGGCCGCCCUGGCUACAAAGUGACCAAGCAGAGGGACACAGAGAUGGGCCAGCAGAGCCUGCUGUUUCAGAUCGACUACCCUGAGAUUGCCGAGGGCAUCAUGCCACGCCACCGCUUCAUGUCUGCCUAUGAGCAGAGGAUUGAGCCCCCGGACCGCCGCUGGCAGUACCUGCUCAUGGCUGCUGAGCCCUACGAGACCAUUGCCUUCAAGGUGCCAAGCCGGGAGAUCGACAAGGCAGAGGGAAAGUUCUGGACCCACUGGAACCGAGAGACCAAGCAGUUUUUUCUUCAGUUCCACUUUAAGAUGGAGAAGCCUCCUGCCCCACCCAGCCUCCCAGCUGGACCCCCAGGCGUCAAGCGACCCCCACCCCCACUCAUGAAUGGCCUGCCUCCUCGCCCACCACUGCCAGAUGCCUUGCCCCCACCUCCGCCUGGUGGCCUGCCUCUGCCCCCUAUGCCUCCCACCGGGCCUGCUCCCUCUGGGCCCCCUGGACCUCCCCAGAUGCCUCCACCAGCUCCUGGGGUCCAUCCCCCAGCCCCAGUAGUCCACCCACCCACAUCUGGAGUUCAUCCCCCUGCUCCUGGGGUACACCCCCCAGCACCGGUGGUCCACCCACCAACAUCUGGAGUCCAUCCCCCAGCUCCAGGUGUGCUCCCAGCAGCCCCAGGAGUGCACCCAGCAGCCCCUGGAGUGCACCCGCCAGCUCCAGGGGUCCACCCAGCAGCCCCUGGAGUGCACCCGCCAGCUCCAGGGGUCCACCCGCCUGCUCCAGGGGUCCACCCUCCCCCGUCAGCUGGAGUUCAUCCUCAGGCUCCAGGGGUACACCCACCUGCUCCUGCAGUUCACCCGCAGGCUCCUGGGGUGCACCCCCCAGCUCCUGGCAUCCACCCUCAGGCACCUGGGGUACACCCCCAGCCUCCUCCUGGGGUCCACCCUGCUGCACCUGUAGUCCACCCUCAGCCUCCAGGGGUUCACCCCUCAAAUCCUGGGGUGCACCCAGCUCCUAUGCCCCCCAUGCUAAGGCCUCCACUCCCCUCAGACGGCCCUGGGAACAUGCCUCCCCCUCCCCCAGGCAACUGAGUCAUGGCCCCAGCACCCCCUGCUGCCUGUGUGCAGCCUUUUCCCGGGGCCAGUCCUUGAAAAGUUUUCUAUUUUGUCCUGUUCUGAGUCCAUUAAACAGCCUCCCCCAUGUC